AUGAUUUCAUUUCAGUCGGCUGCAACCAUACCGCGACUUACGGGCGCAAAGGCAGCGCACACGGCGCGGAGUCAAACAGGGUCUAAUCGCGCGCUUACGUUUUGCAGUUCCCUUGUUGGAACACGCGUCGUGGCGAAGCCGCGUGGUGAACCAGAGCGAAAACAGUUUUUUGUUGCGGCAUCUAAAAUGAAAACCCGCAAAGCUGCAGCGAAGCGAUACAAAGUUACCGCAAGUGGCAAGGUUUUGCACAGGAGACCAGGAAAAGCGCACUUGAACGGCCCUAAACCAACCACCAGAAAGGCACGGCUGAGUCACUUGCGGCAGGUUGGCACGUCGCAACUUUCGCUGGUAGCGGCUACCAUGCCAUACUCGAAAAUUAAACGCGUGUGA